AUGGCUCUGUCCUGCAGCCUGGGCUCACAGAAGAGACCAGUGUCCAGUCUGUUUGCUGGUCGUUUGGUGAAGAGGCCAAAGUGUGGACCCUCUGUUCAGGAAGCAGCUCUCAGACUCCUGCAGCAGAACCAGAACGUGGACGAUCUGCUCACAGAGGUCUCACUACAGGAUUGCCUCGUCUCGACGGUCUCCUCUGACCCGCCGCUGGUUCCUUCCGCUGUGUCUGCUUCUCUUCUCUUGGGAGAGCUGAAGCGUGAGGCAGAGCGGCGCCGUGUUCCCGUGACGACGGUGACGGUGUCUGUGCUCGUGCAGAGACUGAAGGAACUGACGGACGCUACACCGGAAAUACUGAGGCCCACGACCAGAGGCCAGUUGUGUGGUCUGCUGCAGUCCUGUCAGGAGCUGCUGUCCCAGGGGGCGCUGUGUCCCGACCUGCUCUGGAACCAGCUCCACAGAGAAGAAAAGUUCCCAAAGUUAGAAGUGGUUUUCCAUCUUCAUUCUUAUAACAUCAUCUCUCUGCAGCACAUUCUCGAGAGUCAGGCAGGGCGGCCGUGGCUGGUGUCGCAGCUGAAGGCCCUGUGCAGUCUCAGUCCUACAGACGAGACCAGACCGGUCCAACAGCGAGUCCUGACCUGGGCGCUGCAGGUGCUGGUGGGAGCUGGGUUUGAUGUGGAUCAAGUUUCCACAAAUAAGAAGCUGUCAGUUUUCUGCUGCUCCGUCCUGGACCUGUUGCUGCUCUGGUUUCUGGAGACGGUUGAGAAGAACGAGAGUCCAUCCUCUGCAGCCACAGGAGCCCAGACUUGGAUUGAGCUGUUGGACUCGUCUCUUUGUGGAUCGCUGGUUUCUGCGGAGGCUUUUCAGAGGUUUCUCACUCACUGCCUCAGGACGACUCUCACUCACCAGCCUCGACUCACUGUGUCUUCAGCCAUUUCUCUGCAGAGCGACUGGACCUUUGCUAAAACCUGCCCUCUGCUCACGAGGCUGUUUCGUCAGCUGACGGUGGCGUUGGAGCUGAAGAAGCUGUUCUCAGACCUGCAGCAGAUUCUGUCCACACAUGAAGUGAACUGGAGACUGGUCCUGGGGUUUCUCUCCACCGCCGUGGUCUACAGCAGCUCUGCACACGCCACACUCUCAGAGGUCCUGGAUGCGAUGCUCAGAGCUGCUUUUCAAAGUUACGACCUGGAGAGUCUGAUCACGGCCUUCGUUCUGGCUCGACAGGCUGCACUCGAAGGACCGGCUGUGUUCUCCUCCUACAGCCACUGGUUCAAGAGGUGUUUUGGAGGCAGCAGCAGUCCUCACGCAGCCUCUAAAAAAGCUCUGGUGUUUUUGCUGAAGUUUCUGUCGGACUUGGUGCCGUUCGAGCCUCCUCAGUAUCUGAAGGUCCACAUACUCCAUCCUCCUUUUGUUCUGACGAAGCACCGCAGUCUGCUCCUGGAGUACGUGUCUCUGGCUAAAACCCGACUGGCAGACCUCAAAAGAACGACAGGCGUUAGCUUUAGCACUGACGUCAUCUAG